UACAAUCGCUGUUGUCAGAUGGAAUGCUGUAGAGCAAGCAGGGACAUGUGGUUAUACUUGAGUCAGAGCUGAACAGGAACUUAACUUAACUGAACUGUUAUCUAUUUUCACAGGCCUGAACUAAAGGACAGACAGACAGAAAGAAAGAGCGAAGACAUGUUUAUGAGGAAAUAAUCUACAUCAAUGAGGACAUUAGGCAUGGAUGUAUUCAAGCAACAGAAAGUGGAGGACUUUUAUGAAAUUGGUGAAGAGUUGGGGAGCGGGCAAUUUGCCAUUGUCAAACAUGUCAAGGAGAAGAGCACAGGCCUGGAGUUUGCUGCUAAAUGUAUUAAGAAGCGCCAGAGCCGGGCCAGCAGGCGGGGGGUGAGAAGGGAGGAGAUUGAGAGGGAGGUGGAUAUUCUGCAGCAGCUCCAACACCCCAACAUCAUCACCCUGCGUGACGUGUAUGAGACCCACUCUGACAUUGUGCUCAUUCUGGAGCUGGUGUCAGGGGGAGAGCUCUUUGAUUUCUUGGCCCAGAAGGAAUCCCUGAGUGAAGAGGAGGCCACCCAGUUUAUUAAACAGAUCUUAGAUGGAGUCCAAUACCUUCACUCUAAGAGGAUCGCACACUUUGAUCUCAAGCCAGAAAACAUAAUGCUAUUGGACAAGAACCUUCCACUCCCCCGAAUCAAGCUGAUCGACUUUGGUCUUGCUCAUAAAAUUGAAGCUGGGGCGGACUUCAAAAAUAUUUUUGGGACUCCUGAAUUUGUUGCUCCAGAGAUAGUCAACUAUGAGCCACUGGGAUUAGAGGCCGACAUGUGGAGCAUCGGAGUCAUCACAUAUAUACUUUUGAGUGGGGCAUCACCUUUUCUUGGCGAUUCGAAACAGGAAACCCUUGGAAACAUCUCAGCCACAAAUUAUGAAUUUGACGAUGAGUUUUUCAGUAGUACCAGUGAGCUUGCUAAGAGCUUCAUCCGCCAGCUUCUGGAGAAGGACACAAGAAAAAGACUGACUAUCCAAGAUGCUCUUCACCAUCCCUGGAUAAAAUCACAAGGCCAUGUGGAUGAAAGCUCUGUCCCUGAAGCCUUGAAAAAGAUGGAGCCUCAGCAACUGAAGACCAAGCGUCUAAAAGAGUACACUAAUCAUUCCCACACCAGCCAGCCCCCCAACAACACCUACGUCAACUUUGAGCGCUUUGCCCAUGUGGUAGAGGAGGUUUCCCUUAUGGAAACUGGCCUGACAGGGGUGACCGGAGCCCACCAGAGUCUGCAGGGGGACGUUGACACCCUCCUCUCCAUCUACACCAAGAAGGAGGCCUUGUACAAGGAGGAGGGCGAAAAUGCAAGGAAGCAACUCUCUCAGGUGUGCUAUGAGUUCCAAAAGGUGGAGGCCUCCAGGAGGCUACUGCAGGAGGACCUGCUGGCAGUGGACGCCAGCCUGGAGAGCAUCAAUGGGAGGUACGUCCAGAGGCAGAACCGCCUCAGGUCCCUCAGGCAAGAGCUGACCACAGAGCUCCACUGGCUGCAGGAGCUGAUGAGGUCCCUAAACCACGAGGGGACUGGCAGCCUGCCUGACAGCCUCAACAAAGACAUCAAACAUGCUCUGACAGAGCUGAUCAACCAGUCCUGCGGAGGGGAACUGGGUCCUGAGGCCAAACAGGAUAUAAAAGAGUCUAAUUAACACUAAGGAAAGAUUAUGACAUGGCUACUUUUGCUUAAUUGGUCAAUAAUGUUCAAUGUGUCAUAGAAGUGAGGUUUUGUAGAAAAUGAUAUCUCAUCUGAUGUAUUUACUGAAAUGCAAGACUCUUCUGUUCUCUGUUCAAUAUCAUGAGUAAUGUUUUCUAAGCUUGUUUUUGCUAUUGUCUGGAAAGCAUAUUCACAUUUAUAUGUAUUUGUUCCCCAUAAAACAUAGAAAAUGUAGAAAAUGUACAACAGUAUCUAAAUAAUUCUAAACACUACUAUACAAUGUAAAAAAUGUAUAUAAAACAAUAUACAAUAAGAUUCCAGAGCCCUCUGGAGCAGGUUUUCAUCAAGGAUGUCACUCAUUGCUGCAUUCAUCUUUCCCUUGAUCCUGACUAGUCACCCACGUUCCUGCCACUGAAAAACAUCCCCACAGCAUGAUGCUGCCACUACCUUGCUUCACUGUAGGGAUGGUAUUGGACAGGUGAUGAGCGGUGCCUGGUUUCUUCCAAACAUGAUGCUUGGCAUUCAGGCCAAAGAGUUAAAUCUUUGUUUCGCCAGACCAGAGAAUUUUCAGUCCUUCAGGUGCCUUCCUGCCUCCAGGCAGGCUGUCAUGUACCUUUUAUUGAGGAGUAGCUUCUGUCUGGCCUCUCUACCAUACAGGCCUGUUUGGUCCACCACUGUGUCUGCUUCCUUGCCUUGACCUUGCCAAGAACCCAUGAUCAAAUAUAUAUUCCUUAAUUUGGAAUGUAGCAGAAAGUCCUUCUUUACUUGUUGAACUCAUUGAAAUUGUUGAUUUAUAUUUUCAUUUCAUUCUUAGUUAAUUUUGUUUCUAGUAAAAAAAAUGUUUUAGUCCAAUUGUCUUUUUAUAUUGAUAAUCAAGUGCAGAUAUGGCACUUUAUUUUGGAAAUAUCAGUAACAGAUUGUGAUGACUGGACAUAAAACAUCACCUUGUAUUUGGUUUGUUUAUGAAUUCCUAAAGGUGGACAUAAAUAAAGGUCCCUGUUUAUUUCUCUCAGCAAACUGUUUUGAAGUAUUGCUUUUUUUUGUUCUAGUUUUAAAUUUGUAAUUACAUGCGAUACAAUAUUCCAGCUGCAGUCUAAAAGAUGACAAUGAAAGUGUUCAACAGGCCUUGGUUUGACAUUGAUAUGAAAUUUUGCAUUUUAGCCUUUCCUUAUACUUUUUACUUCUCU